AUGGUGGUCCCUCGGUAUGUGGAGAAGAUCAAUGAAGUCCCGGUACCUCAAGUGGUGCGGAAGUAUGUUGAUAAGAUCAUCGAGGAGACUCAAGUCCAACGCGUUGAACGUGUUGUGGAGGUGCCUCAAGUACAGACUGUUGACCGCUAUGUCGAAGUGAAUCAGACUGAAGUGGUGGCUGGUGAGAGUAAGAAGCGCAAUAAGCAGCUUGAAACUAUCUACUUGGACGGAGGGGUCGAGCGUGUGCAAGUACGAGAGAAUCUCAACCCGAACAUGUUAGGUGGAGACCUCACACAUUCAGCUCAAACAGUCCUCGCCCCACCCAUGGGAGCAGCAGGCGGGCCGAUGUCUCGGUCUCAGCGUUCUGCUACUCCGGUGGCUAAUUUAGACUAUGGCAUGGGCAUGCAAAAUCUGGCAUAA